ACCGGGUUGCUCAACUUAAUAAAUGUACCUCUCGGUUAAAGAUUUUCUUCUAUACGAUGCAUUACCUGUUAUUAGUGUUACUACUUCAACGAUUAGCUGUUCCAAUCCAUUCCAGACAUGAUAGAAGCGAAAGAGAAAGACACAGUUUCGCUAAGAGAGUUCAUGUCGCUAAGAAGGAGGAACUCCUUGGUGAGGAUACCAACAGAAUCGAUCAAGCAGAGUACAGCUUGCAGAACUUGGUCAGUCCAGAGAGAUAUGAAGCCAAUAAAUUCUUUAACAAGCCUCCUUCAAAAGAAAUAGGUGGCCUCAGAGUGGAUACCAUGUCCCCAGCUCAGGUGUCGUUCAUCCAAAGCAGUACCCAAUGGCACAAGUAUUAUAAGCCAAUGCCCUCCUCGUCUUAUCCAUCCACAAUUUAUCCCGAGGAUCCUGUUUUGUUCCCGGGGGUAAAGGCUUCGAAGGGACAAGAAACAAGAGAAAGAGAUGGGUAUAAUGGGGGAAUUUCCGAUUUAGAGAGCGAAGGUGUGACAAGGCAGCAUCAUAUGAACAACGAAUGGGGCACGAAUUCGUAUGGAUCUUAUGGUGACACGGUCGGAGGAGAUCAACGUCAAAGCGAUUACGAGAACACUCCAUUUACCGACAAAAGCUGGUGGAAUCCAAAAACAGAAGGAAAGAACGCUAAUGGUUAUGAAAGUUUAGAUGGCAAAACUGUCGCUGUUCCUGAGCCAAGAAAUUCUCAAGAUGAUCUUCUUCACUCAGAAAGUCGUUUUGUCGGUAGGUCUCAUGAAUUACUGGACGGAGGCGACAUGGGGAGCAUCAGGCACAACUCUAAUUUGUUGGGUGGCGAAAAACUCGGUCUCCUAAAUAAACUGGAAUCUUUGAAGGAAAAUGGUGUUAUACCUCAGGAAGAGGAAGAAAAGGUGUUCUUUAAUGGAAAUCAGAAUUUUCUCACCCACAGUGGUGUUGCAAAGCCACCCUUAGACACGCCUCCAGGGCCCUCAGAAGGCCUCGGUGCCGCCCUAGCCGAAGAGUUGCUUCAGAAAAAUAAAGGGAAAUUCAGGGAUGAAGGGGAAUCAACCAAUAUUAUAGAAGGAAUACGUGAAGCUGCUUCGGUGCUUGGGACAGGACAGCGAGAUAUUGAUGAAUCAAGUUUGCUUUCUAAGCCGCUGCUAGACGAGAAGGCCACCCAACGGACUACGAUGUACCACAACAAUGAUUUCGACAGCGACACAGGGCACUUGGUAUUAAUUCGAAGUCAUCAAGUGAAAGAAAAUUACCCGGGAAGAAAAUACGAGAGGAAAUUCGACAAAGCAGUCGAGCAAAAGCAGCUCGUUGCUAGCCGAUCAAAUAGAGUAAAAACAGAUGUUGCAGGGCAAAGAGCUAGUCAUAAACUAAACUCACAGCAAGCAAAGGCCGCAGCUACCAAGAAACAUCUUUCAUCACUCAAAGAAAAACCUUGUAAGCGUUGCAAUAAAGCCUUGCUAAUGAAAAAACUUUCUCUAACAGAAAAUACUCACCGGCCGCUCAAAGGUGGACAAAAUAUUCGCAUUGGCAGUAACGUAGAAUUGAAGGCUAAAUAAGAACUAAUCGUUCUGGUUCUUUUGUG